AUGACUACAUCACUAUCAACAACACCAUUAAUUGAUCAAGAAUAUUUACCAUUUUAUUUUACAAUCACACCAGAAAAAGAAUCUGAAUUAAUAAUCGAUCAAGGAAUUGGAGAAGAAAACUAUGAUAAUUCUCCACAACCACCAUCAUCUUGUUAUUAUUAUUCGUCUCCUUCAUCCUCUUCAUCAUCAUCUUGUUCGCACGAUGAUCAUUUAUCUUGUUGUGACACCAAUUCAAGUAUCUCAAGUCCAAAUAUUCCAACCGAUUCAUUAAUCGAAUAUAUUGAAGAAGAAAACAAUUCUUCUUCCUUCUUUAUUCCACAAUUUCAAGAUGAUCAACAACAACAAAAUUUAAUAAAUGCUUUGGCCUUUAGUUUUGACAAUGACACUAACAACAAUCAAGAUGAAAAUUCCAUCAACGAAUUGCCACUAUUUUCUUACACAUCUGCUUCUGUUUCAAAUGUUACAUCUUCAAAAAAUAAAACAAAAACAAGACCUCAUCAUCAUCGUAAUAAAUCUUUACCAAUUGACAUGAUAGAAUGUUUACACACAAUGAAUUUGGCACCACCAAAACAAUCUUCCUCUAGUUCAACACGUAAAUCAAAAACCAAUUCACCUCCAUUCACUUGUCCAUAUCAAGAUUGUACAAAAACUUUUACUCGUCAAUACAACCUAAAAUCUCAUUUGCGCACCCAUACAGAUGAACGUCCUUUCACCUGUGGUUAUCAAGGUUGCACGAGAGCUUUUGCUCGUCAACAUGAUCGCAAACGACAUUAUAAUUUACAUUUGGGUUUUAAACCUCAUGUUUGUCAUCAUUGCGGUAGAGCUUUUGCUAGACUUGAUGCAUUAAAUAGACACCUUAGAUCUGAUAGCGAAAGUCGAAAUAGACAAUUCAUUUCACACACACACACAAUAUAG